UUGGCAUGGCGGUAGGGCAUGGCGUUCGCUGUUUGAACCAGCUUGCGGAGCUGCCAGAGUUGCACCAGAUGAUGAGGCAGACAUGUAGGGAUUAUGCUCAAAAGGAGCUUGCGCCAAUCGCUGCCCAACUGGACAAAGAUCACAAGUUCCCAGCCAAGCAGGUAAAAGGAACCUCAACCAUGGAGCUCCACAGUAGUCUCCGUCUUUUGAUUAGAGCAUAUGAGGAUGUUUGUGGUUGAUUUUCUCCGAUGUAGAUACAAGAGCUGGGAGGGAUGGGUGUCAUGGCUGUAGAGGUACCAGAGAGUCUGGGUGGAGCUGGGAUGGAUUAUCUGGCGUACUGUCUCGCCGUGGAAGAGCUCAGCAGAGGAUGUGCUUCGACCGGAGUCAUCGUCAGUGUGAAUAAUUCGCUGUACCUGGGACCAAUUCUGAAGUUUGGCACAGAAGAACAGAAAAAGCAGUGGAUUACGCCCUUCACCACGGGGAAGAAAGUGGGCUGUUUCGCUCUGAGUGAGCCAGGAAACGGCAGUGAUGCAGGUGCGGCAUCAACAUUGGCGCAGCAGGAGGGAAACGAAUGGGUUCUGAAUGGAACCAAAGCCUGGAUAACCAACUGCUGGGACGCUUCCGCCACCAUCAUUUUUGCCACAACAGACAAAAGCCUAAGACACAAGGGAAUUAGUGCCUUCCUAGUGCCGAUGCCUCAUCCGGGGUUGUCUUUAGGGAAGAAAGAAGACAAACUUGGGAUUCAAGCUUCAUCGACUGCCAAUAUUAUUCUGGAAGACUGCCGCAUCCCACUCAGCAACAUGCUGGGAGAGCGAGGAAUGGGCUUUAAGAUUGCAAUGCAAACUCUGGACAGCGGGCGGCUUGGUAUUGCAGCACAGGCUCUUGGGAUCGCUCAGGCAGCGCUGGACUGUGCGGCUGAUUACGCUCAUAAAAGAACAGCUUUCGGCGCUCUGAUUGGGAAACUGCAGGCGAUUCAGUUUAAACUAGCAGACAUGGCCUUUGCCAUAGAGAGCGCUCGACUUCUAACCUGGAGAGCUGCAAUGCUAAGGGACGCAAAGAAACCUUUCACUAAGGAAGCUGCUAUGGCUAAACUGGGUGCAUCUGAGGCUGCUACGUUUGUCUCUCACCAGGCCAUCCAGGUGCUGGGCGGGAUGGGUUACGUCACAGACAUGCCUGCUGAGAGACACUACCGUGACACCUGUAUCACAGAGAUCUAUGAAGGCACCAGCGAGAUCCAGAGAUUAGUCAUCGCCAACAACAUUCUCAAAGAAUAUCAACAGUAGGACAGCUGAUGUUCAUGUCAACUCGCUCUGUUAAGACACUGUGCCUGGAUUGGCUGAUCUGGUCUGUCACAGAUCUCAGGACUGUGUUACUGUGACUGGCCACUGAAGAUGUAUCAAUGGUCCUCUAUCAGAGAGAUUAAGUGACACAAGACUGUUUGAAGUGCAUUUUCUCAUUUGUGCCACAAGAGUGCAGUAGAUAGUCUGGAUCAUUUGACUUUGUAUCAUAAGAGGGUGCUGACUGUAAGGACUCAUUUUCACUGGGAUAUCAAAUUGAUAUCAAAUUAUAAUAUUAAGAUUUAUUUAAAGUUGUUUUAUUGUAACACCUUAUUGUAAUUCUAAGAUCCUCUGAAGCAAAUGUUCUGAUGAUAUAAUUUGGUUUUAAUCUUGGUUAGUGUUUAUGGAACACAGUUUAAGGAUUGCUUACAUGCACUGCUACAGGUUCCAGUUUUUUCUUUUGUGAGAAUAUGAUGCAAACUUAAAUAACACUGCUAAAAUUAUGAACAAAUCUGUUUUGAGAUCACGAGUGAAAUUGCUUUGUUUUGUCUAAUUUAAUAAA